UAAAAUAAUAGCUUUUCUUAUACACAUAUUUACAAAUAAAUUAUUAAAUAAAUAUAAAUAUAAUAUAAAAAUAAUACAAACUAUUAUGUAUACUUGUAAAAAUUAAUUUGUACGUAUUUAUGUUUGGAAGAAUUUAGAUUUGCAACUUAAAGAUUCCGAGCAUGCAAUCACGAAUCGCACAUUUUUAAAACUAUUAUCGAUCUUGUAUCCUCUCUAAAAUUUGGAAUUAUCUUUUUGUAGCAUAUGUUAGUUUCAAGCCCGAGAAGUAGAUUGUGACAGUCUCGCUGACUAAACUUGGCAGCAAAGUCUAGGAAUUCGAAUAAUUCUUCAUUGUAUUCACAUAUCGUUCUGCAAACUACUUAAUCAGGCGACUGUUAUCAGUUUAGCACAAGUUUACAAUCUUUAAAGGACGAGAAAAAUGGAUUUGAAAAAAAUUUAGCUUGUUAAAUUAUCGCUGUAUAUAUGUAUACAUUAUUUUAUUUUUUAAUUUUGUCUUCAAACUGUGUUAUAUUUUUAUGUCUGACUAGUUCGAUGAAAUAACGUUUCGCUAAAUGUAUUCUAUUGAAAAAAUAGUGAUGGCAUGUCGUGCUUCAAAAUUUUCAGACACGAUCACGAUUAAUCCGAAUACAUGUCGGAUUUUACUGGUUACGAAGGCCGGUGUGAGCUUUGUGCGCAAAUUUCGCCACCGUUGUCCGCCGAGAUUGACUAAAUUCGCAGUAAGCGGAUCAUCGUGUUCGUUUGCUGCUGUCCCACGACCUAAAUAGGACUAUGAAUAAAUAAUCAGCAAUCGUAUCCAUUUGAAUGCAAUCAUUGCCACGGAAGUCACAUUAAAAUUUUAUUACUUGUUGCCCGGAAAAUUAAGACAUUAUUCAUAUUUUAGUAAUAGUAAAAAAAAAAAGAAAAAAAUAAAUAAAAAAGGCAGAUUAACUUUGGUUAAAAUUAAUAUUGAUUAUCUCGUGCACUGUAUUUAAAUCUAUUAUCCACGUGAAGUUUUUAAUGCGCGAACGUGACGAAAGAUAUUUUAUAAAGUCAAUGAAUUCUCGAAUUAAGCUCUUUAUUUGAUAGAAAUUCAUGUACCAUUAACACGCAAAGCGAAAACGUAAAGCAGUUAAACUGCAGCACAAUUAUAUAUACAUAUAUAUAUGUACACACACCUCGUUAAAAGUGACAUCUCAAUUAUAAGUUCGACCACAUGCCUUUAUCACGACCUCUCGUAAACGUUAUACAAAUCAUUACAAAGCUUGAAAUAUUCAGAGAAAUAAUUUUCUGAGGAUUUGAUAUGUCAAGUUCUCAGUGUAUACCUAAUCUUUUUUAUGACUUAAAUAGUUUUACGGGUUCUUCGCGGCCAUAGAGUACAUGAUUUAGCCUACAAACAUUUAUAGUUUGUACGAAGUUAAAGAGAUCUGUACUCUGAAAAUAGUUUGCCAUAACACGCUAUAACGAAUCUCAACUAAUUGUAAGUUUGAAGAAAAAAAUAUUUUUUUCUUAUAAAAAUUUGAGAAAUAAGAUUUUAUAAAAAUAAAUUUUUACUGCAUUUAAAUCUAAAUAUAAUAUCUCAAUUAAGUUUGGACAGAAAUUCUCCUUUAUUUAAUAAAAAUUGUCUUUUUGCGUUUCUCUCCGUUUGAAAAACAUGUUGUGCAUUUUGGUAUAACUAUAUAACUAAAUUAAAGAUAUUUAUAUUACAAUGAUAAUACAAGAAAGUUUAUUUACCUCUGGAAAUCCAAAUAUAAAAUUAUUAAUUUAAAACAUUUUGCGCAAUAGUAUUUAUUAUUAUAUUGUAAUAAAUUGAACUUUUACAACAGUGCGCUGCUUCCUGAAUCCGAAUUACUUCGCGGUGAUAAUAAAGCAGCGAAAGCUUACUCUUGCGUGUACAUAACGCAGGAAAUUGAGCCACGAGCAUCCCUGAAAUUGCGUGGACCACCGCCCGUGUACCUCCGGUAUCUUGCGUAAUAAAUCCGCGUCGACCGGGCCGCAGCGGAUCCGGCAGCGUUGAUGCAGUCGGAGUUGCGGUUGGGAGAGGCCGCUGCUGCUGCUGCUGGCGGUCGACCGCCUCGAAAUGUUGAUGCUAAAUAAAACUUCUAGCUGUUUGGGCCGAUGCCAUGCGCUCUAAUUUCCGCGAAGGCACGGCCGGCUGUAGAUGUGGUGGCCCGGGGUCUGCCACGUUGGAGGGCGAUCAGCGCGACAGAUCUCCGAUAGAUCUUACGAAUUCUUCGCGAUCGUGAAGCGGGAAGUAGAGGACUCCGGAGGAAUCAGAGGGGUCGUGAGUGAAAAGACCCGAAACCAUUUAUCUCGGACGGGAAAUCGCUCUUGCGCGUCAAGCGACAGGCAUCAUCGGCAGACGGUAGGUCGAGCCUCGCGAACAACGUCCGGUUCUCGCAUCUUCGAUGUGAAGGUUGCCCUGUCAUGGCUGUCGCCCUUCUGGGCAAGUGCGUCGCGCUGCUGGGUCUCAUAGUGCUGCUCUACGCCACUUGCUAUGGCUUCCGAAUACGCGACAUCGUGCCGCAGACGCAUCAUCCGGCCGUCUGCGUUCCGGCGCAUGGCAGAGCCUGCCCAGCGGAAAAAACGGUGACAACCGGUGGACCGAUGUACUCAGCCCGGAAAUGGCACGAGAGCACAGUGUCGCGGACCAUCGCUGGUGCCCGGAAACCACCUGCCGAGACAUCAGACGUCGGAACAGAGAGAAUUCGAAUUGACAAGAUCACCGAGCAUUCGAGAGACAGAGAUACAACUGGACCUACGCCGAGAAGCAGGAUAGAAAGUGACGAGAUAGAUGAAGAGGAAGAGGAGACAGUUGUGGAAAGCGUGGAGGAGGUUGAAGAAUCAGUGAAAGAGUCAAAGAGAGAUCAGACGGAUAGAAAGAAAGAAGAUGAAGACGAAGAUGAAAAUGAAAAUGAAGAUGAGAAUGAAGAUGAAGAUGAGGAUGAAGAUGAAGACGAAGAUAAAGAUGAUAGUAAAAGAGAUUCAAAGAAACAAGCAGAAGAAAUUAAAACCAUAAAAAUUGCUAAAUCGAUGAAAUACGAUAAAACUAAAGAUGAUAACAAUGAUGACGAGGAAAAGGAAGAUAAUAAGAACAAAGACGAAAAGAAAGAGGUCAAAGUAGAUCAACAAAAAGUAAUAGAAUCAUUUAAAAAACAACACAGUGUACCACAUAAAAAACAAGAAAAAGAUAAAGAUGAAGAAAAUGAUGUUAAAAAUAAGGAGCCUGAUGUAGAAGAAAUCACUCCAGCACCCAGAAAAUUGGAGAAAGUGAGGUUCGCUGAUAAAGAUAAAACGAGGGCAACUAAAAUGUCGCUUGACAAAAACGAUGUAGAAAAACCAAAACAAGAAGAUAAAAGAUCAGCCGAUGUCGCGAAACCAGUAGUUGAGAGCGCGAAGAAGACGAUCGAAAGCACAAAGAAAAUAGAAUCGAUCGAAAGCACGAAGAAAUCAGUCGAAAGUGUCAAGCAAUUAACUGAAGGCACGAAAAAAGUUGAAUCGGUUAAGGCUACUCCUAAGCCUAAGAACGAGGUGCCUGAAACUGCAACGAAGGUAGACGAAAAAUCGAAGACCCGAGUGAAACCGGAAACUUCAACAGCUGCGCCGAAGAUUAAGGAGCAAGCGAAACAACCGGAGAAGGCGGAUGUCAAAAAAGUAACAACGAAACCAACUUCGAAGGAAGUUUCGCAAGCGCAAAAGCAAGAAACGAAACCGAAAACGAUAAAACAUACAGAUGCGUCUAUCACAUUGUCCGAAGUAAAUGAUGCAAUUCUGCGUGUGCCGACCUUCGUGCCAAAUUUUACGAACGUUGAAAAUCCGGAAUGUCAGCAACAUGGCAAGAUAUUCCUGCGACAAUUGAGAGGUUACAAGUUGUGGGCGCUGCAAAUGUUAGAUUCGAGCGCAAAGAUUCCGUCGAGCUUGUUACGAGGAAACGUGAAUCAGCUCGGGGAUUACGAUCAAUGUUUGGGUGUGCUGGCGCAUGUUAAAAUGGACGAAAAGACAAUAAGAAUUCAAGGGAAAUAUUGCCUGGCUACUAUAGAACUGCACGCUUCCCAUUCAGACAUGAGGUUGCCGGUCAAUCUAAUGCAAGCCCGCGCUUUUAUACGAGGAAGUAUAUACGACCCAGGACAUUUCGUUCCAAAAUUCACUACAUUUAACUGGGCGCUGUGUCUACCCGCGGCGUGUUCCGCUGAGGACGCUGAGCGUACCUUGAAAAGUACCUUAAAGGAUUACAACGAAACCGUCGGAAUUAAAUUUACGGUGGACGUUAAUCCUAGUAUGUGUUACGUCAAGCAAAAAUCUCAGACCUACUCGAAAGAGACGAUCGGUGUCUUGUAUUUUUACGCUAUGAUUGUUUGUCUCGUUAUUGUAGCGACAGUGAGAGAUUACUUUGUGGAAGCGCGGGGGAAAGGAAAUUAUUCUGAGAGGAUAAUCAUGUCAUUUUCCUUACGGAGGACGAUUAAAGCCUUAUUGAAGGAAGUGACGGACGCUGCGGAUAUUACGUGUAUCUACGGAAUAAGAGCGCUGGCUACGAUCGUUCUUUACGUUGCUCACCAGCUUGUAACAAUUUCUCGAAUACCGUUUAGCAACCGGAUUUCUCUUACCGAGAUCGCCAACAGUCCGAUCAGUUCUAUUCUGCGAGUGUCGUCAGUUUACACGGACGCGUUUCUACUGCUAAGUGGCGCUCUCACUGCUUACAAUAUGGCGAAAGAACUGAAGAAUCGCGGUGAAAUUCGUUGGUUUUGCCGCUUCAUCGCCAGAUUUAUCAGACUUUCACCGCCGUUGCUCGCGGUGGUCUUUUGGUACGCGUUCGUGAUGGAACACGUCGGCUCGGGCCCGCAAUGGAACAGCGUCGUCACGGCAAACGCGGAACUGUGCAAAUACAACGCGUGGACGAAUCUGUUGUACGUGCAGAAUUUUUUCCCCUUCGAAGAGAUGUGCGCCACGCACACGUAUCAGUUGGCGUUGGACAUGCAACUGUCGCUCUUGGCGCCUAUCUUGGUCUUCUUCCUGCAGUACAAGCUUCUCAUCGGUAUCCUCUUGACGGUCUUUCUCAUUUUAUUAUCUGCCACCCUUCGUUACGUAGCGACGGUGAACAAUUCUCUAUCUAUGGUCAUUUACCACGGGAUAUCAUUAAAGCGCCUUUACAAGACUGCCAAUUUAACUUACGCGUUGCCGCUGCACAGAGCGACGCCGUACAUAUUCGGCGUCGGCCUCGGUGUGCUGUUGCAUUACACCGGGAAGAACGUCAGGAUUCACAGGGUGUUAGUGAUCUUGGGUUGGUUGAUUGCGACGGCCUUGGGUUCAUGGUCGUUAUUUUCACCCUGGCGUCAAGCCAGGCGGGACUACGUGUACGAUGUUGAAGAGGCUACUCACUAUGCAGUAAUCGGACCGGUGCUGUGGGCCGCGGCUCUAUGCUGGUCAAUAUUUGCCUGCUUCACGGGGCACGGAGGCGUUGUUAACAGAUUCCUCUCCAGUUACUGGCUGGUGAUCCUCAGCAGGAUAUCGUACGCCAUGUACCUGACGCAAUUCGCAGUAUUUUUCUACAAUGUUGGGACCACGAGAUUCUCCACGGAAUUUCAGCUUCAUAGAGCAAUUGAUCCUCUGGAAGUAGCAAUAGUGAUAGCCGCGUCAGUCGUUUUGACGUUACUUUUUGAUCUUCCGAUGCAGGAGGUGAAGAGCGUUUUAAUGGAGAGCACGGACGUUUUGGCGCUCGAAAUUUCCGAAGAAAAAAAAACAUCCACGAGCGAAGAUAAAACCGUCGAAAUUGCCGAAACCAUAAAAGUGGCGGUCAAUCAAGCGAACGUUUUCGAGGAUGACGAAAUCACGUCCACCGCAUGGGACUGGCAGAAAGAUAUAGCUCGUAACGCGACUACUCUCGAGGGGCACGAGACGGAAGAGAUAAACGCACCGACUAUAAAGAAAGUGAAUGGAAAGCGAAUGUCAUUCAUCGAUUACGAUUCUGAAGAGGUAUCGAGCAAAGACCGAGCCAAGCUAGCAGUUAGAAGAUCACCCAGAGACAUGGAUCGUAAGAUAGGCAUAAACAGCCAAAUAUACGCAACAGAUGACUCUGAAGAAGAAGCUAUCGAAUUUCUGAGGAGACAGCGACAGCAUGACGAAGCAGUGGCUCAACGUAACAGGCGUUCGUCAUCCAGAACCAAAGAUAACAAAAGAUCGCCAAGGAAUAGCGAAAGUGAAGAGGAAUGGCAACGCAGGAAAAAGAUCGAGGAUGACUCGAGGCAGUUCAAGAGAUCCGAGUCCAGAGGAAGGACGUCGGCUAAGGAAGCAGACGAUUAUCGUUCUUGGGAAUUUGUCGGAAAGGAAGGUUCAUCCGCCAGAGAACAACACGAGUUGAAACCGUCCCUCGUGAGAUCGGCGGAUAUCGCAAGAAAAACGUUUUCUUCCGAGAGCGAGGAGGAACCGUUGGUUCAAGGAAGAAUAAAACCGGUAAGCGUUCCAAGUUCUGAAAUAAGAACAAGCGACGAGGAGGAAUGGGAAUACGAAUUGAGAAUACGGAGGAAACAAUUUAUGGAGAAACUGAUUGCUCAGCAGCGCGAGUCAUCAAUUGAGGGAGAGAGCGAGGCUAGCGCGGAAGCCUUGAAACGUAGAUCCUCAGCAGAAGGCCGGAUAGCCUUACUAAGAGAUGAUAUUUCAGGUGAUGAUAACAUGGACUCAUGGACCGUCAGUGUCGGCCCGCGAAUCGCACUCCUCGGAUCCUCUCAGGAACCAAGCGAGCCCGAAGAAGACACUUACAUGCGACGUAGGGAAUACCGCGAACAAGGUCCACCGUCAAGAGAGGAAAGCCUAAGCGAGGAAGAGAGCAGUCAAAACACCUCGAGGAGACCAUCCUACACUAGUGGUAGUCAGAAAACGUCCUUGGAAGAGGAGGAUGAUGUUAACAGUUACAACUUCAUCUUGACUAAAGAAAGCAAGAGAGAAUCCCUGCAAGAUCUGUCGCAAUUGUCGCAGGAAGAAUUGGCGAGUGCCGGAUGGAACGUUGUAAAGAAAGAGGGCGAUCUCUCGGUAAAACCGACGUCGACCGGUUUAUUCAAACGAGAAUCCAUCGUAAAGAGUCAGGCGAGCGAGGAGGAUCCCGAGUAUCUACUGCCGGAAAGACCCAAACUGGUUCAACAGGAGCGAGAGCAUCCCUUCAAGAAAGCCUGGCAGAUGCAGAAAUCUAGAUCGGAAGAGGAAGGCUCCUCGGCAUAUGCCAUAAAAGAUUCCAAGGAGCAGCAAUCCGAGACUAAGACGAAGGAGCCAUCGAUCAAACGCGAGCGCAGCGGCGAACAGUCCGAGGAUAACGAGUCAUUCGCCGACGACGAAUCGGUCGAAGCCACCGUGGUCCUACGAGGUAGAAGCACUGACACGGAGGACGCGAGAACUAGCUCGACGAGAUCUGGCACGGAGGAAACGGAUUCAGUCUCGACGGAAUACAGUAGAGCUACGGGUGUGGGAGAACACAGGCAGAACUCGAAAUCUGAGACCGACGAAGAUUCCGCGAAAUUUAAUUGGCCCGGUGAGGAAGAAGAAGAAGAAGAAGAAGAAGAAGAAGAAGAAGAAGCGACAGAAGAUAAAAUCUACGGGGAUGGCCGGAGAGGGAAGUCGGAGGAAGUGGACUGGGACUGGGAGCGCGAGGAAACUUGACGAAAAAGACUUUAGACUGUACAGAGUGACUACAUCUUACCUUCAAAUUCGGUUGAAAGUAAGGACGAUGAACGGAUCGCGAGCUCAAACGGGGUUGUGCGAUAUACAAGAAAAAAGAUAAGUUGACAAAAAAUCGAUCAAAAUUUACAAUAACGGUUAUACCAUAUAAAGUAAUAAAUUAUGAAAAAUAUAUUCUAUAUAUAGUUUCUCUUUUUUUCUAUUUUUUUUUCAUUGUGUUUCCUAUCGUCGUUUUGAUAAGUAUUUUGCAUUAUAUGUUCACGACACUGAUUUUGGAGUUAUUUACAAAUCUCUGUUAAUUUUUCAUUCUAAAGUCCAUAGAAUAUAAAUGUGUUAGAGUUAAUUAUAUUGUUAAAUUUUAUAUAUAUGUACGAAGAUUGUUUUUCUUAAUAUUAUUAAAAGAGUUAAUUCAUUAUUUUAUUCUCAAAAAGUUAAUUUAAAAGACAAAUUAACAUAUCAAUAACAGAAUCAAUGUAGAGCAUAUUAUAUAGUCGACAUCACCGUUUUUCUAUAAUUCUUAAUUCACUGAUUAAACACUCUCAUUAAGCUAAUUACAAAAUUUCGUUGAAAAAGUUAGGAGCUAUUAUUCACAUAAUUUUAAUCUUCUAUCAAAUAUUUAAUUUUUUAAUAUUAGAUCUUUUUUAGAUUCGUAGGAAAUGAGAAUAUUUGACGAAUUAAUCAAAGAUAUGAUUUUAGUGUGAAGCAUACGUUUUAUAUCACUUUUCAUCUUAAUUAUAAUUAAGAUCACUUGGAUAUAAUUAUACAAUAUUAAAUUAAUACUAAAAAAUUAGGUUCUGCAUAAGCUUUUUAAAAAAAAACUAGAUUUUACGCAUAAGACUUUGGUAUUAUAUUUUUUUAAUGGAGAAAAGUUUGUGUGUCGAAUUCUGUAUACGUCACACAAUUAUACAUUCAUAGUACUUUGUACAAUAUAUAAAAAUUAAAAAAAUCCUGCCUAGCCUUAUAUCACGUAAUUUCAGUUGAAAUAAAUCAAGUUACCGUCACUAA